AUGCCGAAGAGCAAGCGGAAUAAAGUUGUGUCGCUGACAAAAGUCAAGAAGAAGAACAAGGAGUGGAAGGAGGGCAUCAUAACACAAACUCGCAGCUACCUGGAUGAGUAUGCCUCUGCCUACCUGUUCCGGUACCAGAACUUCAGAAACGACAAGUUCAAGGACCUGAGGGAGGAGCACCGCGCGACCAGCCGCUUCUGCCUGGGCUCCACCAAGAUGCUGAAGGUGGCCCUCGGUGCCGAUGAGGCCAGCGAGCACACCCCUGGCAGCUCCCAGCUGGCCUCCCACAUGCGCGGCAGCAUGGGCCUGUUCUUCACCAACCUUCCCCGCGAGGAGGCUGGGCCCCUGACGCUGUACGGCGAGCCGCUGGCGCACACCCUGGAGCCGACCCUGCGAUCGCAUGGCCUCCCCACCAAGCUGGACAAGGGGGUAGUGACCCUGGUGGCAGACCAUCUGGUUUGCCGAGCGGGCGACAAGCUGAAGCCCAGCCAGGCUGCCAUCCUGAGGAUGUUUGACACCCGGCAAGCGGUGUUUGGCAUGACAUUGCUGGCCGUGCUGGCUGAUGGGGUGGUGGAGAUCCUGGACGAGGCUGCGCUGAAUGGCGAGGAGAGCGCCGAGGAGGAGGAGGGCCCCCUUUUCCCGGAAGAUGGAGCCUGA